GCCGACCGAUUCCCCCGGGGGUUUCGAUCGUACGGCUACGAAUCUCGCUCGCACCGUCUUCCCCUCUAUUCGGGCACACUCCCACCGCCCUCCGCUCCUCCUUCUUCCGCACUCGAAAGCUUUGUUGAACUCGGAGCGAACGCCCCCGCCCGACAGCGCAACGCUCCACCGCAACCCGCGUUCGACCCGAUUCGCUCCCGUCUCCGGGGCCCGAAUCCAGCCGAAUUCCGCACGCCGUUACUGCCCCGAGAGCCGGCCGGCGCGGUGAGAUGGAGGACGACGAGGCGCGGGCGGCGGCGGCGGCGGCGGCGACGGUCACGGCGCCGGGGCGGCGUCGGCGGCGGGGGCCCGGGGUUCGCCGGAGGACAUGGAGUCGCAGAUCAAGGCCGCCAUGCAGUCUCGCGUUUCUCAUUUCAAGGAGGAGGCCGACUCGUUGACCUUUGAGGGCGUGCGGAGAUUAAUAGAGAAGGACUUAGGCCUGGAUACGCAUGCAUUGGAUAUUCAUAAGAGAUUUAUAAAGCAAUGUUUACUGGAGUGCCUGGAAGGAGGUGAUGAUAAUGCCUCUAAGAGUUCUGGUGAGUCUCUGCAAAAUAAUGUGUCUUCUAUUAAAGGAGAGAUGGAGGAAUUGUCUGAAGGUCCUCAGUCAAAGAAUGAAGUUAAGAAAUCUAACUCUGGAAGUGAAGAGAAAUUGGAAGACUCGCCAGUUAUGGGUCUCUUGACUGCAAAAAAAGCUCUUCAUUCAGAGGCUGAGAAAACUCAAGGCAAUGGAAGUAAAGCCAGUAUAACCGAGAGCAUGAUAAACAAAGCCAUCAAGAAGAGAGCUGCUUAUUUUCGAGCAAAUUCAGAGAAAGUUACAAUGGCUGGAGUUCGUCGUCUUCUAGAGAAAGAUCUUAAACUUGAAAAACAUACAUUGGAUCCCCACAAGAAGUUUAUAAGUGAGCACCUAGAAGAGGUACUGCGAUCUCCUGAAGUUUCUAAAUCUGCAAACACAGUUAAGAAGAAAGUUGCUAAGGAGAGUCUAAAGAAGAAAACCCCUAAAAGAGUCAGCCCUGAAGGAAGUUCUGACUCGUCAGACAGUGAGGAAGAAGAAGAUGCAGAGGAGGAUGAAGUAAAACCGAGAAAGAAAACUGUUUCCAGAGGAAGUAUGCAGAAAGCAGAAGGGCUGAAAAAACGUAAAGCACCCCCAGCAAAGGAGAAUAAGGUGUCUAAGCGAAUAAAGCCAGAAGAAGCUGCAUCAGAGAGCAAUGGUGACUCAGGAGACCAUGGACAUGAUUCUGAGGAUGGUGAAUCUCAUUCAUCUGCAGAGCAACGCACAAAGAAGAAAGAGGUCUUGACCCCAACAUAUGGAAAAGGCGUGGAUCGUCUUAAAUCAAUUAUCAAGUCCUGUGGGAUGAGUGUCCCACCCUCAAUUUAUAAAAAAGUCAAGCAAGUCUCUGAGGAUAAACGCGAGGCUUUUCUAAUGAAGGAGCUCGAGGAGAUACUCUCAAGAGAAGGAUUGUCUACAAAUCCUGCUGAUAAGGAUAUCAAGGAAGUGAAGAAGAGAAAGGAAAGAGCAAAAGAACUUGAAGGCAUUGACACGAGCAAUAUAGUGUCAAGUUCGCGUAGGCGGACGACUUCUAGAUAUGUAGCUCCUCCAAAACCAGAAAUACCAGCAGAAGGUAAGGGGAAGAAGCAGGAAAUUCUGAUGCAGACGCUGGUCGUGAUGAUGAUGAGGAAGAUGAAGAUGAGGAUGAUGAUGAUGGCAAUGAUGAGAGCCAAAGUGAGGAACUCAGUGAAGAUCAGGAGGACAGUGACUAGAGUUUUGCACCACCUGACAAGCAGGAUAACAUAAUCGAAGCAUCAACCAUGAAUGUGUACAGAUGAAUACUGCGGUUGAGUUUCAGUUUAGUAUGGAAUUGUUAGUCCGCAGACGUGCCCCCUGAUUUGGGGACUUAACGUUAUUGUUGCUGCUGAGGAAUUUCAUGUAGGACUUCAUAAAAUAUGUUGUUUGAAGAAGAUGGAUAUUAACGAGUCAGCAAGUAGAGUUCUGUGUACUAGAAUUAUAGUGUGGUUAAUGUAUUUUUAGGAGUGUCCAUUGUUUUCCCGGGGAAAGUUCUAUAUGCAAAUUCAGUAUUAUGUCUCACACCUAUUAUUGAUAGUUUUAUUAGUCGGUGAGCAGGACAUUAUGCUCGAA